UCGGCUGGGAUCGCGGCGUCUCCCGCUCGCCGCACUGCUCCACGCCUGGCCGGUGGGUCCGGAGGCGGCAGUCGUGCGUGGGCUCGGGCGGACGGGCGCGGCGGUCAAGGCGAGGCGGCGGCGCGGGUGGACAGCGCGGAACCCAGCAAGUUCCUCAACGCAGGCGAUGUCGCCGGGCGCGGGCCCCUGCGUACGCCGGGCGCCGUGACAGGCCGGCCGGGGAGGCGCGGACGGGGGAGGCCGCGACGGAGCUCCCGGACUGGCCAUGGGCUGAGACGCAUCCUCGCAGAGCAGCCUGUAGUGAAAGUGACCCUUCCAUACUCCACCAGAACAUGCCGGGGUGAUUUCCUCCCAGAUCUUCCGGUGGCCUUCUUCGCUCUCCCCAGUGACACUAUGCAACCUCAGCGUGACCUGCGAGGCCUCUGGCUCCUGCUGCUCUCCUUGUUCCUGCUCCUCUUUGAGGUAGCCAGGGCUGGCCGAUCUGUGGUUAGCUGUCCCGCCAACUGCCUGUGCGCCAGCAACAUCCUCAGCUGCUCCAAGCAGCAGCUGCCCAAUGUACCCCAGUCUCUACCCAGCUACACGGCACUUCUGGACCUCAGCCACAACAACUUGAGCCGGCUACGGGCCGAGUGGACCCCCACCCGUCUGAUCAACCUGCACUCGUUGCUGCUGAGCCACAACCACCUGAACUUUAUCUCCUCCGAGGCCUUCAUCCCGGUACCCAACUUGCGGUACCUGGACCUCUCCUCCAACCAUCUUCACACGCUGGAUGAGUUCCUGUUCAGCGAUCUGCACGUCCUGGAAGUGCUGCUGCUCUACAACAACCGCAUCGGGGUAGUGGACCAGUAUGCCUUCGAGGACAUGGCCCAGCUGCAGAAACUCUACUUGAGCCAGAACCUGAUCUCUCGCUUCCCUCUGGAACUGAUCAAGGAUGGAAACAAAUUACCCAAACUUAUGCUCUUGGAUCUGUCUUCCAACAAGCUGAAGAAGCUGCCAUUCACGGACCUGCAGAAGUUGCCAGCGUGGGUCAAGAAUGGGCUGUACCUGCACAACAACCCUCUGGAGUGUGACUGCAAGCUCUACCAGCUCUUUUCGCACUGGCAGUACCGGCAGCUGAGUUCCGUGGUUGACUUCCAGGAGGAUCUAUACUGCAUGUAUUCCAAGGAGCUGCACAAUGUCUUUAAUCUGGAUUUCUUCAACUGCAGCGAGUACAAGGAGAGCGCCUGGGAGGCCCACCUGGGAGACACCUUGACCAUCACGUGUGACACCAAACAGCAAGGGAUGACCAAAGUGUGGGUGACACCAAGCAAUGAACAGGUGCUAAACCAGGGGGCCAAUGGCACAGUGACCGUGUCCGAGGAUGGCAGCCUUCAUUUUGAAAAGGUGCAGGUUGAGGAUGGGGGCGUGUACACCUGCUACGCCAUGGGGGAGACUUUCAACGAGACACUGUCUGUGGAGUUGAAAGUGUACAACUUCACCUUGCACGGACACCAUGACACCCUCAACACAGCCUAUACCACCCUGGUGGGCUGUAUCCUCAGUGUGGUUCUGGUUCUCAUAUACUUGUACCUCACCCCUUGCCGCUGUUGGUGCCGGGGUGUGGAGAAGCCUUCCAGCCAUCAAGGGGAUAGUCUCAGUUCUUCCAUGCUCAGCACCACACCCAACCAUGAUCCCAUGGCUGGUGGGGACAAAGAUGAUGGUUUUGACCGGCGGGUGGCCUUCCUGGAACCUGCUGGACCCGGGCAGGGUCAAAAUGGCAAACUCAAGCCAGGCAACACUCUGCCGGUGCCUGAGGCAACAGGCAAGGGCCAACGGAGGAUGUCAGAUCCUGAGUCGGUCAGCUCGGUCUUCUCUGAUACGCCCAUUGUGGUGUGAGCAGGAUAGGUUGGUGGGGAGGUUCUGCCCCAGGAGAGGUCGUGUUACCCCUGAGGGAUAGGAGGGGAUGGAAGAGAGGGCUGGCUGCCCAAGGGAGUGGGUUCUUCCUGACCACCAGGGAAUUGGUCAUGGGCACAAGAGCAGGCAAGACCCUAGUGACGGUGUGGAUGCUGUGAGUUUCACAUACGGAUAUAUUAAUCCUCAGGCAGACACCACACCCCUACCCAAAGCCUUGGCUAUUCUCAGUGUGGUAGAGGAGGAAGGACGCGUCUGAGUUGGAUGGGAAUGAAGAAAGGGGUGAGGGGAAGAGCAGAUUCCCUAAACUUUUUUGAGGUCAUCCCUAGCUCCUUAAGAGAAAACCAUUUAAAAAACAAAUUUUUUUCUGUCUCUGCCCACCCACACCUGUGAAGUUGUGUGUGUUGGGGGAGCUUCCAGAGGAGCCAUGCUGAGAUGCUGCAGUAUCUUCUCUGGUCAGGAAGUCACAUUCAGAGCUGGGCGGGGGGUGGUUGGAAACCUUUGGAAAAUGAGUCAGGGAAAGAUGGAGGCCUGGAUCUAUAGCACCGCCUAAAGCUGCUGUGAGACUCCUCGCGAAAGCCGUCUUCUUUCCCUGGGAGUCCUGAGUAGGUGGAUUUUUGCAGGAGUCUGGCCUCUUGCCUGUUAGUCAUGGCAGCAAUAUAGGAUGUGGUGUCUACGCCUUGUCCCGGGGCAAGUGGCACAGAUAGGUACAGAAUGAAUUAAGGGGUUCCUGUCGUAGCGUAAAAUUUGUAGAUAGGACAUAAAUUCCAGGUAAGCGAACUUCCUGGCUGGGGGAAAGCUUUGAUUAGUAUGUGACUCCCAGUGUAUGUCUGUUGGGACCACAGUAGGGGAUGCUGAAGGCAGAGCAUUGUGGAAGCCUGCCGGCCAGUAUGGCCCAAGGGCCGCUCUCCCUGAAAGGAUGAGGAAAACCAGCUUCUGCGAAGUAGCAGCCAGGCAGACCUACCUGAUUUUCUGUGCGUGCCCUCUCUUCAGUCAGCCUUCUAAUCAACUCAGGUGGGGUUCUGAGCCUUCCACGUCAUGCUGCUCCUCAAAGGGAGGAGUCCAGUAAAGUCGGGUCCUGCUCAGUUAGACCAUAUCUGGAGUUAGACAGGACCCAGCAUUUAUGUCUUGCUGCCGACAAGGCUGCCUCCCUCCUGCUGCAAAGCCGAAGUGUGGGAUUUUAUUAUCUGCAGGUUGGAACCUAGUCGUGUCUGUCCCAGAAUGGCGCUACAGAGUGUGACUUAGAGACCUGCCUUCCACACCAGUCUUGCAAUAGAGGUGUAAGGGGCACGAAACUUUGAAAAGGAAGUUCCCCAAACCAUCCCUCUCAGUUGUGGGGGUGGGGAUCAGUGCAGUUGUGGCUGUCAGAGCAGAGAGACUUAAAAACAAACCCAGCCUUAGCUUCCAUCCAGGCUUGCAAAAUGCUUUGGGUACAAAGAUAACUACGCCCAGCACCCUUUGACCAUCCUGCAGGCCCCGGAGCUUUGGGAGGGGGGUGAGCAGGGCAGAGGUGAAAGUGUUGCCCAGCAUUGGUCUUUUUCAGUGUCUUUUCUUUCCCUUGUUUCCUGUAGUUGGAAGUUGUCCAGGUCCUCCAGUUUCCUGACCUGCUUUUUAGGUUCUAAGAGGUGUUGUUUACCCAGGGUGAGGGCUGCUUAGUGCCAGGAGGGCCUGCCAGGUUGCCUAUAAGGACUGGGGAAGAGAAACCGAAGUAAACAUUGUCCCCCGUCUGCUCCUGGGAUCUCAAGGCUGCUGUCCAUCCUUUAUUAGUAACCUACUUUUGUCAAGAGAGAGGUGCAGCGAUUUCCCCUUAAGUAAUUGCAUGCUCGUAGGUCUGCAUGCUCGUAGGUCUGCAUGCACACCAGCACCUUGACCUCCACCCGGACAGUGGGUCUGUGGCCCCCUCUAGAAUGGCCUCCCAUGUGCACAACUUCUCACGCACAAGUUUUCUUGCACUGUAGGAGAGAUGGUGACCAUGCCAGGCUUCUCCAUUGCACAAUCUCUUGUCCUUUAAUUUCUGGACACCCUGAAGUUUACCCAUAUCUCCAUGGCUCUGAAUAACUCCUCUGCAGAGGUCAGAGUUAGGGGAACCACACGUUGAAGCCUUUGGGAGAAGGGGCGGGGAGGCCUCAGCUUUCGUCAGACUCUUUGACACCCUCCUUAAAGACUACACAUAUGUGAGACAGGAAGCUAGAACCAGAGCAGUGAAGGACUCCAAAGGAUGCUGGUCGUGGCUAAGCAGCUCUGAGUUGUUCUUCCUUUGUUACCUGUCCUGAUAGACAAUGGUUGGAGAGGAACGCUGUCUGGUUGUGUUCCAAAGACUAAUGGAGACUUUGUCACCAGAGGUCCAAGAACCAGACCUCUGACCUCAGACUCAUCAGGAAAUGGGAAAAUGUCUUGUUUGGCAGCUUCCUCUCUUGAUACCAUCUGGGAAUGUGAAAACUAUUUCUGAUGGGGGUCAAAUGAAAUUUUCCUUUGGGGGCAUUCCAGCUGAGCUCCUGAGGGCCAGGAGGGCCAUUGUCUUUGUAAGUCCUACUCUGUAGCCCCAACUCUCCCUACUCCAUCGGCUAACUUGGGCCCUAGGUCAAGACACUUGGAGGACAUGUCUGGACACCACCAGGACAUUUAACUGACUGGUCUCUUGUGGUUUCAGUUCACUCUCUCCUUGUAGGGGGUGUGUAUGUGUAUCUGUAUCCCACAUGUAUGAUCUCAUUAGACCUCAGAAAGAAAGCUGCCAAGUGUAGAUACAAGAAAGGCUGACCUUCACCCCAUGUGCACCCACAAACUGUGUCUCCCAGGAAGGAGAUGCAGGUGUCUCUGAAGACAGGGUGCCACAGGGCUCUACAGUCUGUGAUCUUUUUCUUUACUGAAUGUAUGGGGCCCCUGGAAGAGGCCAGGAAAGGGUAGACCUAUCUGGGGAGAAAGCCAACUUUCUGGUUUUGUGUGUGUUCUUGCCUCUGUAAUUCCUUUCUCCUCUGUCUAGGACUCUUUCCCCCACUAUGUAUACCAGGCUGGCAAACCUCGGAGCCAACAGGCUCUAUAACUAGACAGUGACCAUUAAACCUGGCUUGAGUCUCUGCUCUGGCA